GACUGCCGAUAUCUCAUGGAUUUUGACUUAGAGGAACCUUGUUGAGCAAAACAAAAAUAACCUCAGCAAAGGGGGACUGAAAAAGGCUGCCUUCCUAAGUGUUGUAGGCAAAGUACAAAGAAAGUACACCAUUUAUAAGAAAUACCUGUAAACAUGGACCAGCACUCAUCCCUGUGUUCUUCUUGACAGCUUCCUCAUGCAUUUUAACUGGAAACUGGAUUGAAGCAAGCAGGGGAAAAAAAGAAACAAAACAGGGGUGAUCCUAGGCUUUUUAGAGCUAGGUUAUGACGCAAACGCAUAAAACGAGGCCCAAAUAACAGCGAAAACACACCCCGCUCCACAAAAAAAAGAGAGGCUUUUAAUUUGCUUUCGCUUUUCUCCCAUCAUGUGCCCAUGAAUCACCUUCACAGCCAGAGGCGCCUCAAACACACACGCUUGCGAGCCUCCGAGGCCAACGAGCUGUUUGUAGGACAAAACCAAACGGCAGCUGCAUUAAAAUGUCAAAAAAAGAUUUCAGAAAUAAAGUUCAACCCUCCCCAUCCUGACCGGGAGACCUCCCCAAGCCCCUCACCCGCCCCAGUAACCGCCACAGGGUCGACAGGCGCAGCUCGGGAGAAUAAAAGCGGUGGGGGCCGGCGGUUGGGGCCGUUACCCCAGUCUCCUCACGCAGGUGGGUGUGGGGGCGCCGGGAGCGGCCUCCGCUCGGGCGGGUCCUGUGAGGCGGCGCGGCCACCGGCGGGAGGCGGGCGCUCCGGUGCUUCGCAGGACCCGCCCGGCCCAGGCCCCUCCUCAGCGCCCUGGCUCGCUCGCAGCCUCAUCUCCCCUUCUUCUUCGCAGCGCCAUGCGGCUCUUCCCCUACGCCGUGGUGCUCUUGGGGGUCCUGCGCCAUGGCGGUGCCUCGGGUCUUCUUGAGCUGUCCUUGGGAAAAUUCAGAAAUGUGCUACUUAACCAGACCAAUCCAGUGGAAGCUGUAAUCAGGCACAUUGCAGGCAAUGUGACUGUUGUUAUUUUUCAAGUACAUGCCCAGAAAAACGAUGUGGUGAUAUCCUUUAAUAAGAAUCCAUCUGUGAACAGCUCAGGAACUGGAGUAGACAAAGGACUGGUUUCCAUCCUUCGACCUCAACAGACCGUAUGUACAUGGUACCUUCGGUCACUAGAUGCUAGCCAGGUGCUCAGCACAGCUAUCUCUAUUCCCUAUAUGGAGAAAGAUCCUAUUCCUGGAGGCUGCAAUCUAGAGUUUGACUUGGAAGUGGAUCCAAAUAUUUACCUGGACUAUACAGUGGUUGAUAUACACAUCAAGUUUGCACCUGCAAACUUGGGAUAUACCAGAGGAGCAAACCCACCAUCCUGCGAUUCAGGGACUGGUCAAAACUCCAGAUGGCGGCUGUGCUAUGAUGUCUACCAGUACUUCUUGCCAGAGAAUGAACUUUCUGAGAUGGUACUCAUGAACCACAUACAAAAGAUGUCAGAGGUGGAAAGUAUCAAAGCUAAUGGCAUUAAAAUGCUUACAUUGACAAAUGAUGACAAGACCAAUGUCUACUUUUCCUCACUUCCUGGACAAGGUGUGAUCUACAAUGUCAUAGUACGGGAUCCUAUUUGGAAUACGUCUGCUGCAUAUGUACCUGUGCAUACAUAUGCCUGUAGCUUUGCUGACCUAGUAGAUAACUGCUCUACCCUCAGCAAACUUUCUACCAAAGUAUUCUUCACUGCUCUUGCUGUUCUUGGUCUUUUCACUUGCUUUUUUGGACACAGAUUCUGGAAAACAGACUUAUUCUUCAUGGGUUUCAUAUUCUCAGGAUUCUUCUUCUUUGUAUUCAUUACGAGGGUAACUGGCCUUGGUUAUGAUGUGCGUCUUAUUUUGACAGCAGUAGCUGGAGUUAUUGGAGGUUUUUUCCUGGUUGCAAGCUGGUGGAGAUUUGGCUCUGUCCUGCUUGCUAUGUUCAUUAUUGGACUUGUGCUGGGAUUUCUCUUUUCAUCGACUGUCUUCUUUACUCCACUAGGAGACUACAGGGUCUUCCGUGAUGAUGUUGUGUUCUGGGUGACCUUUUCUUCUGUAGCUUUGAUGAUACCAGUGCUUUUUGUUGGCUGUCUGAGAAUUCUGAACAUACUGGCCUCUGGAAUAGUAGGCUCUUACACAGUGAUCCUAGCUAUUGCUUGCUACAUCUACACAAGUCUUGCUUAUAUCACCUUAAACCCGCUCAGAAGGGUCCUCAACGAUUACUUCAACAGAGCUUACACCAACGUGCCUUUUCAAACAAAUGACUUCAUUAUUCUGUCAGUGUGGACAAUGCUGGCCCUCAGUGGAGUAACUGUGCAGCUUCGCCGAGAGAGAAGUGAAGUGCCCUUUCCACCACACCCCUAUCUCACCUGGAAGCGGGAAAGAGAGCGCAGAAGCACCAAUGUCCUAGACCCCAGCCAUCAUAUCCCUCCCCUAAGAGAGAGGAUCCACAACAAGCUACUGCAUAUCAAAGAGUUUUUUCAGAAGGAGCAGCCAGCUGGGGAAAGAACUCCAUUACUUCUGUAACCUGCCAAAUAACUGAUGGGAACAGAGAGGAAGACUCUAGCAAUGGUGAGAUGAGUGAUCACUAUCAAGCCAGCCAGUGGUGCAGGAUUUACCACUGACAACUUGUCCUGCUUAAUAAGAAGAUCAUAUUUGCCCAACGUGGAAGAAAAGUUAUCUAUCCAGUACACUACGUGCCAUUUUGUGACUCUUUCUUCAAUGGCCUGCUCAGCCUGCUGUAACAUGCAUCUGUCUAGCUGUAGAAUCUUAUACUGAUGGUCAGGUACAGGCAUUUAUUUUGUGGUGAUCUAGUUUGAAGUUUUGAUAUGUGAAAUAUAAAACAGCCCUUGGAAAGCAACCUGUACAAUGCUGUGUCCUCCCUCACAGUGUGUAAACCACUGCUGAAAUGUUACCUGACUUGCUCCUGAAGGUGAGCAGUCUGACAAAUUGAGGGAUGAGAGAUAAGGACCAUACACAGGUGUAGUCCUUCUCGCAGGAGCAUCACCUUCUAACAUAGGUACAAAAUGUCUGGCUGCAGACAAUUGUUUCCAAGAAGUAUUACUGAACCUUGCAAGCUAAACUAAGUGACUUUAAUUUAAAUUGCACUGAAUUAACUGUUCUAAGUGUGCACACUGGGGCUUGGGAAGUGGACCUGAUCUGAGACAAGACUUUCUCCUUUGCUUUUGGAUGGUUCUGUAACAAAGCUGGUCGUCUGGUCUCUGUGCAGAGAUGACUGCUAAGAGAACACAAGUGGUUUCCCUUGUUUUCAUUCUGAACAGCCUGUGUCUUGUUUCUGCUCUGCUAUAAUAUAUUUUUUUGAUGGUGCUGUCAUAAAAGAAAAAACUAAAUAAGCUCUUUGUGUAGCAAAUGGCAGGUUUUUUCCUGGAAUUGUUUGAAACACUAUUUUUAUUUUUAAUCAAUUCAUCUUUUAAUUUUGCCUUUAAGGGGUGAAAACAGCAUCCAGCUAGCAAAAUAUUAACCAGGAUCCUUGCUGACUGAUUGCAUUCUGUACAGAUUUAGAUUGUAUCUGCCUGAAGUAGAAUGUAGUACAAAAAAAACAGAUAAGGGCCCACUCUUCUGUUCAGCAGAGGGUCAGAGUCUUGUGUGCUGGCUUUAUUCACUUCCUUAAAAACAAAACAGCCAUUUUCAACAUGCAAACUGGAGUGUUCUGGGUUUGACUCACAUAAGCGCGCAAGGAGCCUUGAGGCUGUCCCUGGUUUUACCUGCCUGUGUCCCUCAUGCCAAAUCCCAGUCUUCAGUGUUUACAUGGUGAUCUGUCAUGCAUUACAUGAUGGUUGAAGUCUUGUGUCCUGUACUUCGAUACAGGUUAUGGUGGCUCUUCCUUAUUCUUCUUGCUUGCUUUGUACCUUUAGUGUGGGCAGCAAAGUGCACAGUCCUUCCUGUCAGAAGGUGAAUGGCUGUUUUGCUACCUGAAUGGAACCACCAUGUGUCAAUACCCUACUGGUAGAAACUUAAGUUUUCAGCCACCACUUUCAAUUCUUGGUAGUAAGUAUGUAAGAAACAACUCUUUGUAAGGAAACUGGCAAAAGAACUUUAUUUGGGAACUUAAUUGAAACUUAAAACACGCUGGUAGUAGAAAGGAAUUGAUGAUUUUAAGAUGGCUCUGUUUACUGGCCAUUUCUCUUUAAGGUGUGAAAGCUUAAUGCAUAGUAUCUGAGGUGACUGAGCUCAUCUGAUAUUUAGAGAGACAAAUGCCAUGAUUGUUUGGAGCUGGAAUAUCUGUCUCAAACAGCAGAGCAAGGCUGAAAAUCUUGCAAUGUGGGUCUUGCUUCAGUGUGCUGUUGGGUGGCACACAGGAUAAAUGAGCAGCUCUUUCCCUGGCCUCUGGCAGACUGAUGCUCACUGACUGCCCUUACUGCACUGAUACUGAGCGUGUCUUUGCCGUGUUUGAUGGCAAGUAGCAAACACUUAUUGGAUAUACAAAUGCUCUAAAACAUGUUUACCUUGGGUUUUUUUAAUAACUGCUGUGAUUAACAUUGUGGAAGAAACAAGUUUAACUCUAAUUUUCUAUAUCUUUUAUAAUAAAGGUGUCUUUUGAAAGAA